UCAUUGACGUAUCUGUCAGAAGUCAGGCAGUCGGCACAGAGAGCCACUAGCAGGUAACAAUGCAGUUCCUAGGCCGGCUGCUGGACACGGUCUCCUCUGUGUCGACCCUCUUCGUCAACCCCUACCGGGUCCGAGAUGUGCCGCUGUCUGACUAUGGAGGAGGGGGGAAAGUGAAAUUGAAAGAGGAGGGACGCAUAGUCCUGUACAAAAACACGCAGUCGUGGGACUGUCUGCUCAUGUGCCCUGAGACACCGAAUGUGGCUUUGAGGCUGUUUCAGGUGGUGUCAGAGGAAGAUGCCAUGAACUGGUUCCCGCAGUACGCCCUCAAACUCCGACCUUUCUAUGAGACGCUUCUUCUGAAGUCUGAGUCGACACAGCCAAUCGUGGACUGCAUCCGUGCCCACCCGGACUGGAGCUCCGCCCACAUUGCUGUUGAAACAGGCCUGAGGGAGUGUCUCAAACAUAACUACGUCCAGAGUCAGAUCAAUGCUCGGGACGCAUCGGGUCAGACGCCACUGCACCUGGCAUGUGAGCGAAGUGACGUGACAUGUGUGAAGGAGCUUUUGGAGGAAAGCCAAGCUCGUACUGACAUCAAAGACCGCAGCGGAGAGACACCCAUACACUACGCCGCCAAGCACGACUCUUCUGUAAUCAUCCAGGUCCUGUGCUCGCGGCUGUGCUCUGGUGUGAACGAACUCAACAGCAAUGGGGAGACGCCGCUCCACGUGGCCUGCCGUACUGGCCGUGUGGAGUCUGUCAAGGCCCUGUUAGGGGGUGGGGCCAAGUGUGAUGUCAUUGGUGGUACAGGUUACCCCAUCCACAGCGCCAUGAAAUACAGUGAGAAGGGUUGUGUGGAGGAGAUCCUCAAAGCAGAUCCAAACCAGCUCCAGGCAGAGGACUCUUUGUAUGGAGGGACGCCUCUCCACUGGGCUAAAACCGCAGAGAUGUGUCGCAUGCUGCUGGAGCAUGGCUGUGAAGUGAACUACCUCAGUAAGACCGGAGAGAGUGCCCUCCACAUUUUGACCAAGAAGGGUCGCUUUGAGGCGGCCAUGGUGCUGCUCACCCACGGAGCGAAUGCCAACCUGAAGGGCCAGGAUGGAAACACAGCUCUGCAUCUAGCCAUGAAGAUGGAUCGCAUAGAGUUGAUCAAAGCUCUAAUAGUGUUUGGUGCUGAUGUGGAGAUUCACAACGACUUGGGAGAGACACCUGGACUCAUCGCUGCACGCACGAGCAAAGGUCCUAAUAGAAAGAUACUGCUGGACUUGCUGUGUAGUGUAGGAGUCCAGCGCUGCCUCCCUCCCUCCCCUGGCAGUCCUCCUCCUCCUCCCAUCUCCAACAAGGUCAAGCCUCAAGGCAUAGGAUUUGAGGACAUCCUGUAUGUGGGGGCUGCAGUGGGUGCAAUGAGCAGAGGCCUGUCUGAAUUAGACGGCCCCCAAAUGGAAAAAAGAAGGAUGGACAGACUGUUGUGUCUUGAUGGUGGAGGCAUUAAAGGCCUCGUGCUGAUCCAGAUGCUGAUCGCUCUGGAGAAAGAGGCAGGCAGACCCAUCAGAGAGCUCUUUGACUGGGUAGCUGGCACGAGCACUGGGGGGAUCCUGGCCCUUGCUAUAAUUCAUGGUAAAUCCAUGGAGUACUUGCGCUGCCUGUACUUUCGGAUGAAGGAGCAAGUGUUCAAAGGGUCAAGACCCUAUGAAUCAGCGCCGCUGGAGGACUUCCUCAAAAAAGAGUUUGGAGAAAACACCAAGAUGACUGACAUUAAGUUCCCCAGGGUGAUGGUAACCAGUGUUCUGGCAGACAGACAUCCAGGUGAGCUUCACAUCUUCAGGAACUACGACCCUCCAUCCAUCUGCAGAGAGCCCCCAUACACCACCACUGCCACAUUCCAGCCUCUCACCAUCCCACAAGGAUGGGAGGAUGAGGAUGUGUUGAUAGUAGGAUACACAGAAGAGCCGUCCAGAAAGCGUAGGAAGGUGACAGAUGAAGAACAACUUGUAUGGAGAGCUGCCCGCUCCAGUGGCGCUGCUCCCACCUACUUCCGACCAAUGGGCCGCUUUCUGGAUGGAGGGCUGCUGGCCAAUAACCCAACUCUAGAUGCCAUGACUGAAGUCAAUCAGUACAAUAAGGCCUUAAAAGCUGAGGGCCAUGAGAGGGAAAUAAAUAAACUGGGUAUAGUGGUCUCCCUUGGUACAGGUAAACCUCCUCAGGUGGUGGUGAGUUCUGUGGAUGUAUUCCGGCCCUCCAACCCGCUGGAGCUCGCCAAAACCUUUGUAGGAGCCAAAGAGCUGGGCAAAAUGCUGGUGGACUGCUGUACCGACUCUGAUGGCUGCGCAGUGGACAGGGCCAGAGCGUGGUGUGAAAUGAUCGACACGAUCUACCACAGAUUGAGUCCUCAGCUGUCUCAGGAGGUGAUGCUGGAUGAGGUGAGUGACGCAGUCCUGGUGGACAUGCUGUGGGAGACCCAGAUGUACCUUUAUGAGAAGAGGGAGGUCCUCCAGUCUGUGGCAAAAACACUGUCGAACAACUGAAAGCACAAGAGAACCACAACUGAAGCUGUGAUGAGUGUUUGGAUGGAGCAUUGAGAUUAGUGAGUCGUGUGUCUGACUGAAAACUGUAACGUCUGUGUUGUGUGCUCUCUGUUAAAACUGAAUGAGGCACAUUGACUUUCACAUUUACUCUGAAAUGUAAAGUAGCAAAUGUGUGGAAAGCUAACACAGGAAACAACUGACCCACUAAAGCCUGUGUUUUAUGUAGCAUCGUGUGACCUUAUCACUGAUCCUGCUGGGGUUUAUCAGGUUUACCUCUAACAUAUAAACUAAUGAAGAGGUUGUACAACUUACCCAUACUGAGGAAAUGUAAACUGUCAGUGUUCUGUAACUUUCCACCUCUCCCUCUACACUGUGGGUUAAUCUGCUUCUGAUUGGUCGAGAUAAGUCUGGAGUGUUCCUUUUCCUUUUUCCACUUGUUCUUCACGUUCACUCCAGCAGUUACAAAGACACUCAAGUCACUGAAUUUUCCCCUUAAGCUGUGUGAUGAAAGGGCCCCUGAAAUACCACCAUACCAUCAGUAUUAUAAUCAGGUGUAGGUGAGGUGGUGGUGAUCAUGAACCAGUUCUGCCUUAUGUGUCUGGGACCCACAUUUGUACCUUUUCUUCCUUCCAUAAUAAUGUGAUGCCUUUCUGAGUUAUUUAUACUGACUUUAAACACAAUGUUUAGCCUCAUUCCACUGAACACUGUUAGCACAGAGUUAAACUGAACUAUUAGAACUGAUGUGGAGACUGGAUUUGAAUGAACUGCUUACAAAAAUAAUAAAGGAACUUUGUAUUUUUUUGUUUUUUGUAUGUUGCUUAAUCCUGAAGUAUAAUGGUAUGGUAAUAAAAUGUAUGAAUAUUGCUCUAAA